AUGGUACGGGCGGAGGAUGCUGUGGCCUACGUCCACCAGGGAUUCUGGAUCAACUGGACAAAGGGACGUCCAAUGGGAGCCACUCUGACCCUCGAACCUCAGAAUGCCGCUAUCUUGAUUGCCAUCGUUGCUGUCUACGUCCAACUGGUCGGCUCCCAGCUCUGGAAACUUGUCGUCUUCCUCAUCCACCAGCUUCGAGCCACUCAAGCCGAAAAGGAUGGCUUCUAUCAUCAGCAGCAGGUUAUUCUGCGCAACACCGGCACCGAGAUGGGCGCCGUUUGGCAACUGAUCCGUGUCGGCUUUGCCUGGCGCCAUCACGUCCAACUCAAGGCCACCAGGAGGUCCCUUCCCCUAAUAUUGAUUGCCUCCUUGCAUUUUGCUGCUUUCAAUGUUGCCAGUAUCUUCUCGUCAAGACUCCUCGAUGCUGGAGACGAGGCUCUCUCUAUCAGUCCAUUUUGCGGGGUCUUCAAUGACGAUUACAUGGCUUCCAUGGGCACAAGCUCCGUCAUUUCCAUGCCCAAUAGUCUGGUCGUCGAAUACUCGGCCUACAUCCAGUCUCGCUAUCAACAAAGUCAGCAGUAUGUGGAGUUCUGUUCAACUCCUUCUUCAGUCUGUCGACACCUUCCACGUCAGACCAUUCCCUGGAAUGUGACAAUCAAUGACUCAUGUCCAUUUGCACAAGCUGCAUGCCUGCCCGGUCUCAACCAGUCUAUCGUCUUAGAUACUGGCCUCUUGUCGUCCCAUCGUCAUUUCGGUAUCAACUCUCCCGCUGCUGAUCGAGUUCAAUAUCGCAAAGUCACCACCUGUACCAUACUAAAUGACGCAGAAUAUAUCACCGACUGGCACAACAUCUCUGCGACAAAUUCUACCCCCGCCAAACAAGUCGUCGAUGCCUACUAUGGACCCAACCCCAUUGCCGACCGCAAUGCCACCUUCUCCUAUUCAGAAUGGACCCACCUUUACUCCUUUGACCAGUACAGCAUCACGAAUCCGUAUCAGAUGAGUGUUCAGUAUACGGGCGGAGGUACCACGCCCGAGGUCUAUUCCGACUUCGUACCCAUCCCAGAGCUAGCUCGCUCUGACGCCGAUGUAAUGUUGGCAUUCUUGUCAUUCUCCAAGGUCUACGAAGCUGCCGUUGAUGAUCCUUGGUUCCGGGCCACCGUUGCCACAACAUAUCCCGUUCCAGAGUCAAUGAACCCAGUUGAAGGCACCGUCUAUAAAAGAGACAAACCAGUCACAACCCUGGCAUGUGCUGAACAACAUCAACUCUGUGUUGACAAGGACUCUGACAAUGAUGUCCCAACUUCUGAUAAAUGUACACCGCUCGGCGGGUGGUUCGACACAGCCGCCGGGCCCAACAGCAUCGACGUGUUUGAUCUGACGCCACAGCAAGGUGCUGUUGCCCAGCGUCUUUUCCAAUCUGCAGUCGAUUCUUCAUUCUAUAGCGUCCUUCUGGGACUUGCCCAACGUGAUACCCCAUUGCUUGCGAGAAGAUCAAUCCAAGGGCUGACGGGGAUGGGGUUACCCAUCGACCAAUGGCAAAACGAGGUACGAUACUGGAGCAACAUAUCAAUGGCUAAUCUGCAACGGUCGGUGGUUGAUUUUAGCACCGGUCGCUUUGCUGCUGAUACCUCAUACAUCAACACCACCUUGUCUCCAGCACAAAGUUGGCUUUGUCAGAACCAGAUCAUUCGUGGAACGAGUUAUCGGUCCUUUGACAUGUUUGCGUUAAUCUUCAUCCUUGUAUUGGGAUUGAUCAUUAUCAUUGUCGGCUCAACCAUUGAGGAUUGUCUCGCUCUACGAAGGAAGCGACAGAUGCGACAAGGCAAGACGACCUCGAGCUACCGACAGGAAAUGUGGGUUCGAAACGAGAUGCUGGAUAUGCUGCGAAUGCUCUUCGAGCGUCAGGGCUACUCCACCUGGGGUCGGAGUUCCAACGGGGUUCCAAUUUCAGGUCCGGGGCAAAUGAUGAAGAUUGCAGAUCUCGAGACUACCGACAACCUUGAACUUUAUGCCACGCAGGACUCAAAGAAACCUAGGUCUCAUCGAUGGCGUAUCGCACCAAGCGGAAACAGUAGUGCUGGGACAUUACUGAAGGAUCACGAUAUCCACCAAGGGGUUGAGUCUUUUGAAUUUGAUCAUGCUCAAGGAGAAUUUUUGCGCGAUUUGAAACUGUCAAAGACGAAAAGGCAGUUUACUGUUGAUGAAAGAUAUUCAAGUGAUUUCACUGCUCUCCCGGUACACGAUGACGGGCAAGGCGGCAUUGGACAUGUUAUGGCAGAAAGGAGGACAAGUUGGGGCCUGUGGGGAGAACGACCACGUCGUGUCCCCCAAGCACCGUCCGACUGGAUCGGUCGUGCAUAUUAG